AUGAGCCCCCCUCCCGAGCCCUUAGUGAAGUGCACUCGCUGUACAUUUCGCGGUCCUCAGUCUGCCUUUCCCCAACUCCCGAGUCUCCAGUACACGAGGCACUGCCACAAAUGUCGAGAGAAGAAUCUCAAGUCCCGCGGCGCUGCAAAGGAGAAAGAGCCAUCUGCUUCACUCCGGGGGAAAGACAACUCGGGGGGAAUACUCCCUAAACUCUCCCGGGAGACACUUCUUGCUCUGAUCAGGGAGCACGGCUCAAACAAGGCAUUCGAGACUGAAUGCUACCUUGAUCUUGCCGAGAUCAAUCUGCGACCAGAGAUCGCGUGCAGCCCGAAGGCAGUGGCAGACGAGCUUGCCAGACAAGUGUGGGAAGCAACAGGCUACCGAUUCGUAUAUAAGCAGAAACGCCCGAGCCGCACCAAUCCUUCAAUUGUGCGCUUUGAGUAUCACUGUGCGCAGCUCGAGGGCGAAAAAACAAAGAAUCAGCUCAUUGCUGAUCCCAAGAAGCGCCGUGCUCGUGUUACCAUGGAUUAUUUUGCUUGCAAUGGUUGGCUCAAUGUCAUUAUCAAUGAGCUUGACCUCAGCACGGGGACUUUUCGAUUGUCACACCAUCUCGCACACACACACUACACGAAUAUCUCCAUUUCCGAUGACAUAAAGAGUCUAGUCAAGCAGAUGAAGACUUCAACUCCAACUAAAAUCUGGGAGGAGGUUGUGAAAUUGGAUCCUACUACAGAGUUGACAGAACGGCAAAUCUAUCGUUUCUGGUCGGACAUCAAUCAGGGAGCUUGGAGAAAGUGCGACGAUCAGGUUGCAUCUGCCCUUGCCCUGCUGCAGGAGUACGAGGAUAUGACUGUCGAGAUCAUUGAGCUCAAACAAGAGACUGGGCUGUCCUCAAUCGCUUUUUGUUUCUGCGAGAUAAUCAACGAUUUUGGAAAAGACACAGAGGAGAUUGCGAUGGAUUCGACUUGGAAAACUAAUGCGGCGGGAUAUGAGCUGUAUGCGAUUGUUGCUGAAGCAAAUGGCACUGCUCUACCGCUCGCAUUUGUCUUCACUACAUCGACAGGUGACAAUGCUGCAGAGGGUGCCAAAGACCGAAUGCUUCAACAGGUUCUGGGUGCAGUCUCUCGAAAAUGUCCAAAUAUUCAGUUCGUGCACACGGACAAAGACAUCAGUGAAAUUAAUGCCGCUAAAACCGCAUUACCUGGUACCAAACAUCAGCUUUGUAUGUGGCACGGUCCUCGAUAUGUGAAGGAGCGACUCGCAGAGGACAAGCGGCCUGCUCAUUACGAUCCUCGCAAAGCACACAUGGUCUUUGACUUUAUUGACCCUACCUGGGCACCUGGGAUUGAUCGGAUUCAAGAAGAUGCUUCUCAGCAUGAACAAAACAACUCGGAGCAGGAGGAGGAUAGCAACAAUGUGAACGGUCCAGAUGGGAUCCAGACUAAGACACUGCUUCCUCCGAUAUUCGUUCUUACUCAGGGCGACAUCCGUCAUCCGAUCUAUCCGAACCCACCUAAGGCUCGGAAGACCGAUCUGGGAGUAUUCUGUCCGCCAGAACAUCGUGAUGUCACUCUCGACCUCUACAAGAUGCACGGUAGACUACAUCCGGAGAUUCCGGUGUACGAGCCGGAUGAUCCAGACUCAGAGGAGCCAAAUCCAUUUCUCUCUGCCGACGCUAUCUAUAACUCUGCUGUGUAUGACAUGUACUUCCACUGCUUCGAUCUGGAUCUCUCGCAGCUCUGGGCGUAUAUGUGGAACCGGUGGUACUCCCCCGCUCAGUGGAAACUCUGGGCGCGAGCAUCAGAGCCGGCAAUCCCACGUAUCAAUACCACGAUGAUUGUCGAGAGCCUCUGGAAACACGUGAAGCAUCGGGAUCUCGCAGAAUUUAAUCGACCGCGACUUGAUUUGGUUACCCACGUCAUAAUCCUUAACCUUCUUCCUCGAAUCAAGCGGAACCUGGACAGCAUUCGCAAAAUGCGCCGUGCUGGACGUGGCCCGACUCUCGUUGGGUGGCAGAAGGACUUCCGUGCUACGUGGGUCGAUCUCAGCAAGUCAGAUGAUCAUCGCCUCACCGAAAAACAACUGCGCUGGCUUAGGAAGCCGAAGAAUACCAAGAAUCGGGAUGAGAGGCUCACCCAGUUGGAUCAAGAGAGUAAGCGCACUCAUGGCACAUAUUUCACAUAUGUGGACAAAUGGGUCUGCAGUUGUUCCGCUUUCUUGAUGAGCCGUUUUUUACUCUGCAAGCACCUCGUUCGGGAAGUUAACCAGACUUUGAGCAACAGCCCUCUUCGAGAUCUGGCUCUGUUUGCGAACUUGCGGCGCAAUCACUUCCCUCCUUACUACGUGAUUCCCGGGAUCCACGAUAUCGAAGAGAACGAACCCGAGCCUGAACACGACGUCGAAAUCAUGGUUCUCCACCGGGGCCACUCCCGUUCUCAAUCGACUUCGAGUUCCCGGAUGCAGACACCCGAACCCGACGACGACGAGGACAAUGAUCGGGCACCCAGUCCCGGGCCAGUGACUGGGCCUGGGCUCGAUGACCUGGAGAGCAUCGAUCCGAGCGGAGAUGAUGACCGUGAUGAAGACAACAAUAUCCGGGCUUUUGCCUCCGAUGACGAAGGUACUGCGGGUGAUAGGGUAUACAUUUCCGAAGCUCAGAGGGAGAACCUCAAGCGAAGCUUCGAGGCUUUGAUGGAAACCAUCUCCCGGCCAAGUGGAAUAGCACCUCAACUGGCAGAAGCUCUGCGGCCCGCUCUUCAGAUGGUUGAGGAUGCAGGUGGACAUAUCCAGGCGCAUAAGCGCAAAAGAAAGAGCCAGAGAACAUAUAAAGACUCUAAUAAGUACACAAUGUUCACUGAAUAAUGCAAACUUUUUCUCUCUUUUGA